GCAUUUCAAGAAUAAGGCGGGAAUGUUUGGUCGGAGGAGUGUCGAAGACCUGAAGUUGUAAACCAAACCAACAAGAACGCCGCCAGCGGCCAGCCGACAAUUGUCCACCGCGAAUAUCCUCUGUAAUGGGUGAAAAAACAGUCAAAAUCGUUAAACUGUCGGAGCUUAUCGGGCGUUCAACGCCGCUCGCCGGAGCAUUUUCUCUCUUCAGCAGUCCUUCAUCCUCUCUUUCACGGCCUACUCGGAAUUCCGGAGCCGGAGGCGAACCUGACAAGGGCUCUCACCGGGAUGCCGCUAUCCCUGACCAGAAAGUUCUCAAAUCCCUAAGCGCUCCGGCACUUCUCACCGGAACCCUAACUCUACCCGCUAAUAACGACGACCCGGCUUCUAAUUGCGUCUGCUUCCAGUUCUCCGACGAUUCCGCAACUGUCUGCUGCGACAUUCUCGCGUUUGAUUUGAAGUCUUUUCUCUGGUUCUAUUACGAAUUCUGCGGAUUGGGAGAGAGCCCGGAAUUUUAUCACGGGAACGGUAGAAGCAGUCAGCCCUGUUUCGUCUGUGUCCUGUGCAGGUUCAUCUACAGGCUAACACAUUCAAAUGAACAUUCUAGUGGUCAUUCCUUCAACAAGCCUGUUAUCGUUUACUUCUGCGGGCCUGCUUCGAUUUGGCAUCCUGUGAUGCCAAGAUUGGUUGGAAGAUUUGUCUCUUUUUCGGGAUUGAAGAAGAAAAUGGUCACUAUAGGGAAAGAGAUAUGCCAGAUGAUGUAUGUGACCGUGGAAAAAUCUUUUAUGCAUAUUCCUAACUCGCAGGAUCAAUAUAUAAGAGUUCAGAAGUCUAAGAUGAGAGGGAAUGGCGAAUGUGGUAGUUAUACUGGGAUUGUCACAGCCAUUUACAUGCAGGGAUUGAUUGUUGAGUUGGACGGACAAGCAAUGCUAUUGUUAACCGAUCGUGAUAUCAUUUUGCCUCAUAGCUUGAGAGUUGGUGCUGUUGUAUCUUUAAAAAAUGUUCACUUUUUGAAUCCGAGAUUCUCUUGGUCAAAGUUUCUUAUUCUAGGAUCUUGCAUUAAGACAAGUGUGUGUGUGAAAUCGUUCUCAUUGUUAGAAACCGGAUGUUAUAUCAAACCCCAACAUCAGAGUCUUUUGAGGAAGUUCAUUGAUUCUCUGACCUUCAUUGCUAGGCUAUGGGUAUUGCUUGUCAUUGCGAGUUUUAGGAGAAAGUUCAGUGGGAUCUUAUCAAUAAAGGAGAUAUUGGGUUCAAAAAAUAACAAAGGACUAGCUCAGCUUUAUGCAACCUCACAUUUACCUAAGUCAGUUUUCUUAUCUCUGCAUGGGCCAUUUUGGGAAUUCUGCAAGCAUGACAAAUGUGCAUGUGGCAGUGAAGUAAAUUGCUGCCAGUCUAGUUUAGUUGUACCGUUUUCUAAUUUAAUUAAUUAUUGCGAGUCAAUUUGGAUUAAAGAGCUGUUAGAUCCGAAGAGAGUUGAUCUCAUGGGUCUUAAAGAGCAGUAUAAGUCUAUUUCUUGUGGGAGCAGAAAUCAUGCACAAUUGAUGUGGAGAGUUGUGCACAGUGAAGAAAUAAACAUUGCUUUGGUUGGACACCUAAAGAUUUCUUCAUCUUCUGGAAGGUUGCAAAUAGUUGAUGCAACUGGCAGCAUUGACGUCGCACCAGACUUUUCGUUGAAUUGGAAUUUCGAGAGUAUAUAUGAGGUAAAACGAUUCACUCUAAGUAUGCAAGGCUUACCUGAAAAGAUGGAUCAUUUCAAUUUACUCAAAACCGAACCUUUUGCAUGCCGAAGUAUUUUCGCAAGUGGCCCACUGUUAAGAAAAAUUAAUAUGUCCCUCCAUCUUGCCUAUAAUGUGGCAGACAAAGAAUCCAUAGACCCUCCAUUUUCAGCACAUGUCAAAAUGAAGGAGACCUUUCAAGAGAUUGAAAGGGGGCAGUUCCAUCUGCUAUGGAUAAAGCAUAAAUUUCCCAUCAUGCAAAAGUAUCAAUGCCAUCGUGGUAUUUCAAGUAAGUCGAGUGUGUUUGCUGAGGCUCUAGUUAUACCUUGGGAUCUGCAUAUUCCUGAGCGUGAUGAAGAUACGCCCACUGUGCCUUUUUCUGACCUAUUGAGAGAUUCUAUGAAAUACCAAAGUGAAAUUUUACCUCCAUUCAAAAAGAGAAAAAUAGGCCAUGCAUCAAUGGGAAACCAUUAUAAUGUUAAGUACCCAUCGGAAGUUCUCUGUCUUGUUACUGGUAGAAGAGACAAUUCACAUUGCAUUGGCAAGCUGCAAUGCCAUAAUGCUGGCGCGAGUUUCGGCUGUUCUGAACCUGAAAUGAGAAAGAUAUUGUUGGAAUUCACAUUUGAAGCCUUUUCAGUGUAUGAGGCCCUGAGAAUCGGUUGUUACUACAUCAUAAGUCACAACAAGGCAGAUGUGUUGUGUGCAUCAGGAAGUGGCAGUAAAGUUUUUUUGAAUUCCAGAAUUCGUAUUUGGAGCCUUUCAUUUUCAGUUGCCGAGAUAUCCCCUGAAGAAAGCUACCCGCAACAUGAAACACAAUCUGACGUUAACUUGUUUCUGUCUCCUGACUUCAUAAGCCUCCUGGAAGACGAUUUGAAGCUGCCGAAUGCAACUCUGAAGAAUCCCAUUGUUGCAUAUGAAGAACAAACUGAGAGAAAAAACUGCAACAAGGCCUCAAUCACUUCUUUAGCACUACCCAGUCGCACAAGAUAUGUUGGUCACCGUUUACCCGAAGGAAAUCUCAUAUCUUUAUGCGGAUGGGUAUGUGCUGUUCAUCAUUUAGAUGAGAAAUCACAAUAUGUACCACUAAGGGGUGGUGCCCAUGGCGGAGCUCUUCAUUCGGUGUUAUUUGAAGAAACAUGCAUCUGUGUCCAUCUAAUGGUUGACCAGAAGAUGGUCAAGAUUUAUGGUGCCAUACAUAAGAGCGCUUACCCGGCUGUAUUUGGAAGAGGCGUGACUGCAACAUUUCACCGUAUCCUUGUACUCAGUGGGCAUGAUAGUUUCAUGAUGAUACCUUCAUCUUUCAUCAGUGUGCACUCUGGAAGCAAGAGUUAUGAUGCACCUGGUGCUAUAGUCAGCCAUUAUGUUCCUGCUGCUGGAGGCUUGCGGAGUUUGGAUCCAUCCAGUGAUGUGCGUAAAGCUCUGAUUUCCGAAACAACACAUUGCCCAAAGAGUGAACCAUUGCUGUUCCGUUGCAGGGUUGUAUCUGUUCAUGCCCUCAUCAUGGAAAACCAGGACGAUUACUUCUUUUCGCGUAAAAUCAAGUCAUUUCAUGUUAACAUUCCACUCGCCGGGUUUGUCAUAGAUGAUGGUUCGUCUUCUUGCUGCUGCUGGGCAAAUGGUGAUCGCGCAGCGGCUUUGCUUGGACUGUUGCAUCCCAAAGCUCAUCUGAAGGAGGUGAUAGAGCGGCACCAUGAGAGAGUGGUGGUGAAAAACCACGGAUCCACAUUUGAUCCUUCGGCUCAGGAGCUGAUGAUCACCGGCAAAGACAUGAUCUCCUCCUCAUCGUCAUCAUCAGAUGAAGAACUCCUGAGGAUGAUGAUUCUGAAUGCUUGUUCCAGUAAAAGUUGGAACGUGGCCGCGAGGGUGAUGGAUUCGGAAGGGACAGAGGAACUGGAGAAACAACUGAGGGAAGUGGGUAUGGUUUUGGUGCCUCAGAUGAAGAAUGUUUGGGCUUUUGGAGUUGAUCAGGUAGAGGCUGCUGCUGAGGCAAGAAACAUCAUUCAAGGACUGCUACUACUACUACCACCCCAAACUCAUCCUUGACUUUACUUGGCUGUGGCUGUUAUGUCUCUUCUUUUUGUUCCUUGUAAAUAUUGCUUCAAUCAAAUGUUUCACGUUUG